CCCGCCGGCACCACUAGCUCACUAAAAUAGACUGCCCGUCCCGCGUCUGCCAGCUCGUGUGAUCCUCGAAACGUCACCUUCGUUCUUCAGUCCAACGAACCGACCGCGCCCUCGCCGUCCCUGGACCUGCGCCCUCUCGGCCACCUUGCCGCCGCCGCCGGCUGCCAUCCCAGUCACAUCUGCCGGAAAGCCUCUGUGAACAUGGCCUCCUCAACCGCAGCUGCCAUCGUCCCCGAAGACCCUGCGGUCCCUGCUCCUCCUCCACAGGCUUCCUCGCCGCCCACGGACGCACCGACGACAGAGGGCCAGCCUGGUGCGAGCCAACCUCCGCCGCCCACGCCUCCCCCCGCCUCGGCAGGCAUCUUGCCUGCGUCUCAUUGGCAGCAGCGCGCCGACGAAGAGGAAGAAUUUGAAAACGACUCUGCCUACGCCGAGUCUAUUGUCAGCUCAACAGCCUCGCUUUCCGCCAGCAUUCUCGAGUACCGCACUUUGCAUGGCCGUACAUACCACAGCGAGCUCGGCGAGGGCCAGUCAUGGAACCCAAAUGAUGCUCAGCACGACGAGGCAAUGGACAUCCUCCACCACAUGUCAACACUGAUGCAAGACGGAAAGCUAUACCUGGCUGACCUGGGGGACAAUAUUGGGAAAGUACUCGAUGUCGGUUGCGGAACAGGCAUAUGGGCAAUUGAUUUUGCAGACCAACAUCCUGAGGCCGAAGUUAUCGGCCUGGACAUCUCGCCACAACAGCCACACUGGAUUCCUGUCAAUCUGAAAUUCGAGGUAGACGACAUCACGCAGCCGUGGACCUAUCCCGAGAACACAUUCGACUACAUCCACCUGCGCUGGCUGGUGGGCUCGAUAGGCGACUGGACCGCUCUCUACAAGGAGAUCUUCAAGGCCCUCAAGUCAGGCGGCAUAUUUGAGCACAAAGAGUCAUCCUGCGUGAUUCAGAGCGACGACGCAACCGUAGGCCCGGAUACUGCGCUUGCGCAAUGGGGUAAGGUGUUUUUGCAAGCUGGCACGAAAUUCAACCGCACGUUCGCCGUGCACGAGGAGGGCAUUCAAGUGAAGGCGAUGGAGGCUGCGGGAUUCGUAGAUGUCCAGGUUACCGAAUUCAAGGUGCCGAUUGGUGCUUGGCCUCUUGACAAGAAGAUGAAGACUGUCGGCAAGUAUGCACAGCUGGCUCUCCAGAGAGAUGUUGAAGGCUUCGUCACCUUCAUGUGGAGCUCUGUGAUGGGUUGGUCCAAGGAAGAGAUUGCAGUGUACGCUGCGCACCUGCGAAAAGAGCUCAAGUCCGGCAAAUUCAACGCUUACUAUCCCAUGAGGGUUGUCAUCGGCAGGAAACCUUGAGCUACGGCACUAGGCUAUGCUAGCCUUGCCAGUGGUGCCGCAUGCCGCGGAAUUGUCACUUUUGCUGCUUUCGUAUGACUACACGAUGACUUGGUCCAGCGUAUGAGCAAGCUACUUCACCAGUUCCAAGGUUGUUUCUAGAUACCAAAAGAUCAGGAUGGGGUCCUCUCGGGCUCGGCACAAAUAAGAAAGAUUAUUAAA